AUGAAAUCAUUUUUAUUAUUAAUAAAUAUAUUUCUAGUAUCUAUAUUUUUGGCAUCUAAAUUAUGUAUUUCAAGAAAUGUUGGAAAAAAUUAUUAUCAAAUUGAUGUAAAAUUAAGUGAGAAAUCACUUUCAAAAUAUCUUUCAUUAUCACAUGAUCCAUGUAAAGAUUUCUAUAAUUUUUCCUGUGAAGGAUGGAUAUAUGGAAAACAUUUAGAAAAUAUAUUUGGAGAGAGUGAGGAUUUAAGUGAUAUUCAAGAUUUUAAUUCAUUUCUUAGUGAAGGAGUUACAAAAAGAAAAUAUGAUGAUCAGUUAAAAAUAAUUAAAACAAUUAGUGAUAUGUAUAGAAAAUGUUUAACAAUGGAGGUGGAAUUACAACAAAUAUGUCUUAUAAAAAUUUUAAGAUUUGGAUAUUAUGCAUAUGCUUCUUAUUAUAUACAUAAAUUAGAAAAUAAUAUAAAAAUUAAAUAUAGUUAUAAAAUUGUUGAAAAUAUUUUCAAAAAUGUUGCACAUGAAUUUAAGUUAUUGUUAGAAGAAAGAAAAGAUCUUUUUGAUAAAUAUACAAUUAAGAAUUAUUUAAAUAAAAUUAAUAAACUUAAAAUUAACAGAAGAUAUCAUAAAUAUUUAGGAAAUUUAUCAUUUAUGGAAAAAUGUUAUAAUUACUUUAAAUUUUCACAUUAUGAUAGUCCUGAAAAAAUGAUGGAAAAUAUAGAUAAUUAUCAAUUUGCCAUACCAGAUAAUGAUAAAAAGUUUAAAAAAAUAUGUGUCAAUUAUAUUGUUAACCUGCAAAUUUAUGAAUACGAUAUUGAUGAUUUAGUUUCUAAUGUAGCUCAUUAUCAUUUAUCAUUAAAUAAUAUUAUUAUUAAUCCUAUAGCAUUAAAAGAACCAUGUUUUAGUCCUAAAUUUCCAAUGUCCCUUAAUUAUGGAUGUAUUGGUACAAUAAUUGGACAUGAAAUUAUACAUGCAUUUGAUUUACUUGGUAUGAAUUAUGAUAUUAAAGGAAAUAUAAAUCAAAAUAUGACUAAUAAAGAUUCAAGAAAAAAAUAUAAAGAUAAAAGUAAUUGCUUAAGCAUGCAAUAUACAAAUGAAUCAUUAAAAGAUUUUGGUUCAAAUCGUAGAAAAUUUUUAAUAUUAAAUGAGAAUAUUGCUGAUAAUGGUGGAAUUAAAAUUUCUCAUAGAGCAUACAUGAAAUACCUUGAAAGUAUCGGUGGUAGUGAACCUAAGAUUCCUGGUUUUGAAACAUUAACUGAAGAACAAUUAUUUUUUAUUAAUUUUGCCAGAUUCUUUUGUACUUUAAAAAGAAGUUAUGAUAAUGUUGGUCCACAUUUUCCUGGUAAUAUACGUAUAAAAAAUACACUAUCAAAUUAUUUACCAUUUUCUAAAGCUUACAAUUGUAAAGUUGGAAGUAAAAUGAAUCCAAUAAAUAAAUGUGAAGUGUGGUUAUAA